GCAGGCUCCGGGCGGGCAUGGCGGCGGCGGCUGGAAGCGGGACGCCCCGAGAGGAGGAGGCUUCCGGAGGGGAGGCAGUGGCCUUGCAGCCCCAAGCUCCGACGAAUGCGACCGGGGCUCGCCUCUCGAGGCUGCCUCUGGCGCGAGUGAAGGCCUUGGUGAAGGCGGACCCUGACGUGACGCUGGCGGGACAGGAAGCCAUCUUUAUUCUGGCGCGCGCCGCGGAACUGUUCGUGGAGACCAUUGCAAAAGAUGCCUACUGCUGUGCCCAGCAAGGAAAGAGGAAAACCCUACAGAGGAGAGAUUUGGAUAAUGCAAUAGAAGCUGUGGAUGAAUUUGCUUUUCUAGAAGGUACUUUGGAUUGACUGCUGAGCUGAGUGUUUUUGUGAGCUUGUACUGCCUUUUUCAGCUCACCCCUCUGCAGGCUUCAGCUUUGAAGAACAGAGUCUGCGCGUAUACACUCUGCCUUUUCUACCUUUACCAAAGCUGGAAUAAGAAGAGAUCACAUCCAAUAGCUUUCUCUACAAGAUAUUCCACUAGUUAAGUCUGUCUUCCAUUUCAAGCCUGGAUGUAGCUGCUACUGCUUGGGGCAGAAAUGAAGAAACUGUUCUAUAUAAGUGGCUUAAUGAAUGAGGUAGACCAGAAAAAAGGUCUUUGAUAACUUCAUUCUAGUGUGUUUUAUAAUCUCACCUUUGCUCUUGCUCUGUAACUAGAUGACCACUGUGGCCAGGUGCACAGACCUUCCUUAUCUUUCCUGCCAGCCAUUAAACCAUCUUUAAGUUAAUUUUGUUCUUCAUUUCCCCAGCAUGUCACUGGAGUGUGGGGCCACAAUUUGUUAAGUACUGCUUGUUCAAAGAAACAUGGUUCUAGAUUGAAAACCAUUAAAAGUACUUUUUCCUAGAAGUUUAAUUGAAGUAUAAUUCAUGUGUCAUGCACAAUUCAAUGUUUUUUUUCUGUGUAUUCACAGAAAUAUACAACUAUAACCAUAGUGAAUUUUUGAAUUAUUUCCAUUUGAAUGGAAUCACAUGAAUCCUUUUUGUCUGUAGAUAAUGUUAUUUCUUUCUAUUUUAUCUUUGUUGGACUAGUGCGUGUUGGAAACUCCUUCCCUAUGGUAAAAUAUACAUGGCAUGGAACUUACUAUUUUAGCCAUUUAUAAGUGUAUAGCUCAGUGACAUUAAGAUACUCAUUAUAUAACCAUCACCAUCUUUCUCCAGAGCUUUGUAAUUGUCUCAAUCUAAAACUUGGCAUGCAUUAAACAGUAGAUCUCUUUUCCUGGUUCCUCUA